AUGGGGAGUGAUCUUAAUUCUUCCAAUUUCGAAAUAACAUGGAAAUCCGACGAAUUAGGCCUAAGCCAAGCUAAAUUUUAUAGGUGUAGCUUUUGUAAUCGAGGUUUUUCCAAUGCACAAGCACUAGGUGGACACAUGAACAUUCAUAGAAAAGAUAGAGCCAAGCUUAGAGAAGUUCCGAGUGAAAUAUCUAGCGAUGACACGAGUAGUCCCUCAAAAAGGCCAUGUGAAGAACAUCAUCAUUAUCAUCCUAUUUCCAAAGCAAAAGAUAAUGAUGAGUUGAUUAUUAGAGGUGAUAUUUUACAAUUACCUUUGUUUGUGGACUUUCCAUCAAAAGAAGUAAUCAAUUGUGUGGAAACACAAGAAGGAAAUAAGGGCAUGCAGCUGAGUGAUGAUUCAGAAUUGGACCUUGAGCUUCGGUUAGGACCGGAACCUCCCGAGUCCUCAAUGAAAUCAUACUAG